AUGGUGCCUGUCAGGUACCUCCAGGAAUGGCGCGACUGCAUGGGAGAAGAGGAGGAGAGCAUGGCUGGUAGCAAGGCAUGAGCUCAGCAUGGGAAGACGCGGACAUGGAGGGCGCGCUCAAGAUCCCUCCUCGCAACUUGGGGGUCCGCUCAUUCCCUGGUGGCAUAAAGAUUAUGACCAACACAAAGCUCCUGCUCGAAGACACAGGAGGAGACGUCUGGAAAGGAGCCAUUGCGCUGGGGCGAUUCAUGCUUGCAGAGUUCUCCGAGGUACUCGCGGAGAGCAGAGUGCUGGAGCUAGCGGCGGGCACAGGAUACUUGGGGUUGACGCUGUCCGUCAAAGGGGCGGCGAGAGUGGUCAUGAGCGACAAGGAGUGCAUGAUAUCUCUGCUGCACGGCAACAUCCUGUUGAACUCGGACUCCCUCGAGCUUGACGCGCGGCCGAUCGAGGCGAUUACCCUGGACUGGAACCAUGGCGAGGAGGCGAUCGCGCUCAUGAAGGAUGAGUCGUUCGACUUCAUCAUCAUGUCAGAUGUCUUCUAUGAGGAGGAGAUUGUUGAGCCGCUGAUCCGAACCCUCCGUACCCUCUGCUGCUUGCACGCCAGGAGGAGGAAACCCUUGAAGAACAUGAGUGAGGAGGAGCUCCCCCAGAUCUACAUCUCCGCUUCUCAUCGCUCGGAAAGGAUCGAGGGACUGUUCAUGCAGGGCAUCAAGCCCUGGUUCAGUUGCGAGGAGAUCAGAUCGAAGAAUCACAAGCUCAAUGAGGUCUUCAGGAAAGAGAUGAUCGUCAUCUUCAAGCUAGCCCCCGCUAGGAUGACCUUCGACGAGUUCGCUGCUGGACUGGGUUUAUCGAGCAUGAGAUCCAACCAGGGGAGGGAGCGGAAGAACGUAUCUGACUGCCGUAAGGAUAACCGUGAUCCGCUUGAUACACUGCAGGAGAAGAGGAUCGUGACAGGAAGUUGCCACUUUGCAGUUGGUUAUGACCUAGAGCUGCUGGAUUGA